AGAAUCUAUGUGAGAAAGCAAGGCUCUGGAGAGGAAGGCUCUCCCAACAGCACGCAAGGAGGUGGACAGGAAGACAGGAGCUCACAUUCAGAGUGCAGUCCAGCAGGUUCCAGUCCAGCAGUUAAAGCAAGGACCCAGUUAAGGAAUUUAAAAAUACUGAGGGGAGAGAAAUUAAAAAAUACCAGAGGAGAGAAACCGUAUCGCUGCUCUGACUGUGGAAAGAGUUUUAGUCUCUCAGGAGACCUUGUGAUACACCAGCGAAUUCACACAGGAGAGAAACCCUAUCGCUGCUCUGACUGUGGAAAGAGGUUCAAGUCAUCAGGACACCGUACAGCACACCAGCGAAUUCACACAGGAGAGAAACCGCAUUGCUGCUCUGACUGUGGAAAGAGUUUCAGGAACUUAGGAGACCUUGUGAUACACCAGCGAAUUCACACAGGGGAGAAACCCUAUCGCUGCUCUGACUGUGGAAAGAGGUUCAACUCAUCAGGACACCGUACAGCACACCAGCGAAUUCACACAGGAGAGAGACCGCAUUGCUGCUCUGACUGUGGAAAGAGUUUCAGGGACUCAGGAGACCUUUCAAAACACCAGCGAAUUCACACAGGAGAGAAACCUUAUCGCUGUUCUCACUGUGGGAAGAGUUUCAGUCUGUCAGGAAAUUUUGAAUUGCAUAAGCGAACUCACAAAGGAGAGAAACCAUAUCACUGUUCUGACUGUGGGAAGAGUUUCAGUCGGUCAGAACACCUAUUAAUACAUCAGCGAAUACACACUGGAGAGAGACCGUAUCACUGCACUGACUGUGGGAAGAGUUUCAGUCGAUCAGGACAACUUGUAACACACCAGCGAAUUCACACAGGAGAGAAACCAUAUUACUGCUCUGACUGUGGGAAGAGUUUCAGGGAUUCAGCAGACCUUAAAAAACACCAGAGAAUUCACACAGGAGUAAAGCCAUAUCACUGCUCCGACUGUGGUAAAAGUUUCAGUCAGUCAGGACAACUUGGAAAACAUCAGCGGGUUCACACAGGAGAAAAACCGUUUCAUUGCUCUGACUGUGGGAAGAGUUUCAGUUCGUUAGCAAACCUUGUUUCACACCAGCGAAUUCACUCAGGAGAGAAACCGUAUCACUGCUCUAACUGUGGGAAGAGUUUCGGUCAGUUAGGACACUUAAUUUCACACCAGCGUAUUCACACAGGAGAGAAACCGUACCGUUGCUCUGACUGUGGGAAGACUUUCAGACGGUCGGGACACCUUGUGUCACACCGGCGUGUUCACACAGGAGAGAAACCGUACCGCUGCUCUGAUUGUGGGAAGAGUUUCAGUAAGUCAAGAUCGCUUGUUACACACCAGCAAAUUCACACAGGAGAGAAAAAAAAAAAGAAAAUGUAAAUAAUGUUCCUGCAUAAAAAUAACUUUUAUCCAUUUUGCUUCCUGGCAUUUCAGCACAGCAGUGUGCUGCUGAAUAGUGUGGCUGCCCAAGCCGAGGAGACAGUCAGAAAAAAUCCUUAAAUGGAAUUUACUAGUGUAACGACCUCGCCCUUAGCACAAAGCCAACCACUAUGGAGCGAUUACCUCCCUAUAUUAAAUAUAUCCCAUGACAAAAACAAGUUUGACAAACAGCUGUUUGAAGGGGUGAUCUCAAAUGCAAAAAUCCAAGUUAGGAGAAGCAGUUAGGCCAAUCUUGUCAAGCAAAUAGGCACACUUGGAAAGGUGCUGGGGCCCAAGAUUCACAUAAUUCUUGCUUCUAACUUGGCGCCUUUCUUUAUCGCUUCGUUCCACUUGAAGUGCUCUUUGUAUGACUUGAAGUGACUGAGACACACACUCACAUUGUAAUACGAAAGAGAUCAUUUCUGAUUGGAUCAGAAUCUGAGUGCUCAUGUUCAACACUGUUUUUUUUCCAUAAAUAGAGCUAUUAAAAAAUGAUAUGUCCAAACUACAAAAUAAAAUGUGCAAUGCAAAUUUAGGACACAGUGUAAAUGCUCUUAUUGGAAGUCCAGGAAUGCUGAAUUCAGCUCCAUCGAUUGCUAUGAGCUACAGCUGUAUCACAGAGCAGCUCUCCUGGUAAACCCUUUGAAGGAGGAAACAAACUGCUAUUGUUAAUUAUUUUGCAUAGAAUGGCACAAGGCAGCUGUAAUAGAGUAAAUGUAGAUGCGCUUUUAGACUGUGUGUUGCUGCUAGCCCCACCCUGUGCAAAUUCAAAGUGUAAAACCAGAUAACACAACAAGCAGGGCACAAGCUAAGCGAUGAGCUGUAUUUGAUUAGGGAAAUAAAAG